UGUUCUAAGCCAUGAAAUAUGCAAGAGCUCAAUGAAGAAUUACGGGUUUGCCCUUUGAUAGAUAACCGGGAAUCAAUUUUAGAGAGCCUCAAACGUAGCCCGGUAGAUUGCGAUAACCAUGGAUGAUGUUGGCCUAUGUGUGUCAUUGAUUGAAUCACGUAGCGAAUACAGAGAUAAAUGAAGAUGAACCUGGCCUGCGGGUGUUCCCUAUUGUUCCUAAAUUCUAUACGCGAACCAAUCACAGGGCGAGACGUUGCAGUGAUUCAGUCGGAUGAAGCAGUGCUGUCAGAAAGCUGCGAGCUAGCUUACUGUAGAUAACGCCCGCUUAAUGCACCGAUAUUCCCUGUUGACGGAGUAAGCUUCGGUAGGAGAACUUGGGCGAGGAAAACAUUGUUCGGUACAAAAUGACCAAUAUCUUCUGGUUUCCAGUGUAGGGAAAUAACGUUGGAGAUCCAACCAGUGGCACCAUCACAGUGGAUUAUGCUACCAGUGAGUAGGAGGUUGUGUUUCUGCUGAUAACAAGUGCACAUCCACCAAAUAAUACAUUUCAAGACUGUACCGGACCUGCCAAAAAUGGCUGACAAGCUGAGCGAACAACAAAUUAUAGAAUUUCGAGAAGCCUUCAGCGUGUACGACAAGGACGGCGAUGGUAUCAUUGCCAUUAAGGAGCUGUUCAAAGUCAUGUGGUCUCUGGGACAAAACCCAACCGAAAGUGAGAUGGAGAAGAUUCUACAAGAUGUAGACCCUGACGGGGAAGGGACUAUCGAUUUUCCUGACUUUCUGACAGUUAUGGCGAAACGGCAAAAAGACACAGAACAGGAGGAGGAGCUGCGAGCUGCCUUCAGGGCGUUCGAUAUGGACCAUAACGGCAUCAUUGAUACAAAGGAGCUGAGGAAAGUCAUGACAGAUCUUUGUGAUGACAUCACCAACGAAGACAUAGACGAGAUGUUUUAUCACUUUGACAAAGAUGGUGACGGUAUGAUUUCAUACGAAGAGUUCAUUAGCGUUGUCAUGGCAGCUGAGAAGGAAAAAGAUGGACAGCCUUAGUAAGCUUCCUGGCUUACCGUAUCGCGAGAAGCAAUCAUCAUCAUCGACGGCAACAGUCUUGAAAUUUCCUUGACUUUCUUUGAAAGAAAGACUUUUUUCAGUCGUUGCAUGCUUCUACGUACAAUUCUCAGCGUAACGUCUCGGCGUAAGGUACUAGGUAACCUUGAAGACAAGAGAUAUACAAACAUUGCAAUAAAACCAUGUCGAUUGUAGAUAUAACAAUGUGUAGAAACGGCAAUGACUACAAUUUGUACAAAGACCGUUGUUCAUUAAAUGUAUUACAAUUAGGGUUUUAUGAAAAAAUUAGAAUGGCUGUAGAUACGACAGGUUCAUAAGGAUCACCAGCUGUGUAUCAUGCACUUAUCAAAAAGUUUAAUAUGUGGCAUUAUAUAUUAAUAUACUGAAAGACUGUGCGCUUAUCAACCUGGCAUUUUGGUAAUGGAUGAAAUAUACAAAAAAAGUAGAUAAUGACGGUCCCUUUUCAUAUCUCAGUUAAAUUAGGGGCCUUAACGUUUACUCACGUUGAUUGCUGUUUAAAACCAAGACCUAAAAUAAAAUAUACCAUUUCAAUCCAU